AUGGGCAUGGACAUGACUCCACGACUCCUGUUUGCCAGCCCCGUUAAAAACAAAUGCAGUGAACAACAGUGCAACAUUUCACUGGAAGUGCAGAUUACACCAAGUUAUGGUGAGAUUAGCAUCGGAGAGUCCAAGUUCUUCAUGUGUGAAGUCGUAGGUGUCGCCAAGCACAUAGACUGGUUCGGGCCGAGCGGCGACAGGAUAGAACAGAGCGGAGCCGACAUCACCGUCACCCGCAACGAUGAGUCAUCAUCCACGCUCACGCUGUACAAAGCCCGGACCGAGAACGCCGGCACAUACAAAUGUGUCGCCACCAACGGAGACCAGCAAGCCGAGUCGACCGUUAAAGUGAAAAUCUUUCAGAAAAUCACCUUCACAAAUGUACCUUCACCGCAAGAGUUCACCGAAGGAGACAACGCCAACAUCGUGUGUGACGUGGUCAGUUCACCUCCUCCCACUGUCAUCUGGAAAUAUAAACGAGCAAAGAUACAGCUGGACAAAGACGUUCGCUUUAAGAUCCUGAGCAACAACCACCUUCAGAUCCGUGGAAUAAAGAAGACGGACGAGGGCUCGUACACCUGCGAGGGUCGCCUCAUGCCCCGCGGCGAGAUCGACCUGCGGAUCAUCAAGGUUGUCGUGAAUGUGCUCCCCACCAUCAGGGUGUGGCAGUCGGAGGUAAAUGCCACAGCGGACGUUGGGCAGCCGGCCAUGCUGACUUGUGCAGUCGAUGGUUAUCCCGAACCCAUGGUGACGUGGACGAGGAGUCUGGCGGUUCUGGAGGCCGGAGAGAAGUACAGCUUUAAUGAAGACGGCUCUGAAAUGACAAUCAUGGACGUGACCAAGCUGGAUGAAGGAGACUACACCUGCAUCGCUAAGAACAAAGCUGGAGAGAGCGAGCAGGAGCUCAGUCUGAGAGUGUUUGUCAAACCCAGGAUCACAUACAUGGUGAACCUGAGCAUCUCAGAGACGGACGAGCAGGUGACUCUGACAUGCGAGGCUUCAGGUGAUCCCACGCCCACCAUCAACUGGAGUAACGGCGACGACGUCUACACUGAAGAAGAGCAGGCACCUCUAAACAGGAUCUAUCAGGCGUCGUGGACUCGGCCCGAGCAGCACAAGAGUCUGGACGGGAACGUGGUGGUGAGGAGCGACGCUCGCGUCUCCUCCCUCACUCUGAAGUCAGUGAAGUACACGGACGCCGGUCAGUAUCUGUGCACAGCACGCAGCGCCAUCGGAGAGGACAGUCAGUCUGCGUAUCUGGAGGUCCGAUAUGCUCCAAAGAUCCAAGGUGAAGUCGCCGUUUACACCUGGGAGGGAAAUGCGGUGAACAUCAGCUGUGAGGUCAGAGCUCAUCCCAAUAAUGUGUCCAUCGUCUGGCUGAGAGACGGACUGCAGCUGCCCAACUCCAACACCAGCAACAUAAAGGUCUACAGGACGCCAGCAAGCAGCUUCCUGCAGAUCAGCCCUCAGUCUGAGGACGACUUUGGGAGUUACAACUGCACGGCGUCCAACGAGCUGGGAACCAGGUCCAAGGAGUUCCUUCUCAUCCAGGCCGAGGUGCCGUCCGCUCCCUUCAUCAGCGAGGUCAGACCUUUCUCCACCUCGGCUCAGAUCCAUUUCGAGGCGCCCGAGUCCACAGGAGGCGUCCCCGUCCUCAGGUACAGAGCGGAGUGGAGGACGCAGGGACACGGAACCUGGCUGCACCAAGUCUACAGCGUCCCAGACGGUUCCCUGGGUGAGUUGACGAUCACAGGCCUGAAACCAGAGAGCAGUUAUGAGAUGACGCUGUCGGCCAUUAAUGGUAAAGGUGAAGGUGAAAACAGCCCAGCAGAAUUCUUCAAGACUGAACCUGUCCGAAAUCCUAAUCCUCCUAAACUUGACCAGGCUGUUCAACCUAAAGGGAACUCUCUGAAAGUCACUUGGGUCAAGCAGGAUGACGGCGGCUCGCCCAUUUUAUAUUAUCUGGUCCGAUAUAAACCUAUUCAAGCGUCAGACUGGAAACCAGAGCUCCAUCUCCCCAGCGACAGCAACUAUGUGGUCCUCACAGGACUGGAGUGGGACACGGAGUACAGUGUCUUUGUGAUGGCAGUGAACCAGAAGGGAAAGUCUCCACCGGCGACUAUGUCCUUCAGAACAUCCACAGAACCAGCCGUCGUCCCAGAUCUGGGGGAGGAGACUGCUCUCUCCAUGAGCGUCGUGCUGUGGGCCGGGAUCCUCGUGGUGGUGUUUAUGCUCCUCCUGCUGGCUGUGGACGUCACCUGCUACUUUGUCAACAAGUGUGGCCUCAUCAUGUGUCUGUGUGGCAAAACCGGCACCGGAACCAAAGGUCACGACCUGGAGGAGGGCAAGGCGGCGUUUGUGAAAGACGAGUCCAAAGAGCCGAUCGUUGAGGUCAGAACAGAGGACGAGUGCACAGCCAAUCACAACGCAGCCGGACCCACAGAACCCAACGAAACCACGCCUCUCACCGAGCCUGAGCUGGCGGCUUACACCGCUGCUCUGGCUCUGGAUACGCUCUCCUCUGUAGCCACCAACUCUGACACGGCCACCGCCACCAUUGACCCAGCUCAGGACAGCCCCUCUAGCGAGACCACUACCCUCACUUGUAGCCUCUCCACCCCGGCCAACGACCCCUCGCCCAGCCCUGUCCAGGCCCCGGCCCCCACCCCGGAGUCCAACGUGAUCCUGCCGGCCCCCGUCCCCCUGUCCUCGUCUGCAGUCGAGGCUAAAAUGGCUCCGUUAGUCGAGCAGAGAGGGAGAAACACUCCGGAAGAAGAAGAGGAGAGAAUACCAGCUCCUCCUCCUCCUCUGUCUUCUUCUUCUGCUUCAUCCACACCUGAACAACCGAGACCUCAAAAAUCAGGGACACCCAUACCGCCAAAGCGUAGACACUCACCAAAACUUAUGGCGCUAAACGCUAAAAACAGUCCUCCCGUGUCCCCUCUCGCCGCGUCGUCCCCACACACUUUAGACGCCAGGAAAUCCGAGGUCAGUAAAACUCACACUGAGACGCCAGCACUAACUGCCUCCACCACGGAAAACACUGCCCGUCCAAAAUCAGACACCGACUCACACACAACCGCCCCAGACGCCAGUGGGCGGAGCCUUACUCACUCACCCGCCACUGACCAAACUCUAAAUCACAUUCUCGCUGCCAAAGAAGCCGUCGCAGUGAACGCCGAAGAAUCUGCUCCUCUGGUAGCAGAAGUCGCUCCCCCCGACCCCGUUAGUCUACAGAACCACCUCGGCACGGCGGCGCAAUCCGACAUGUACGACCUCCUGACCCCCGAUGCCGCGCCCAGAAGUGCCGAGUUCGACUUAGAGCUGAUGAACGCGGGCGAGCGAGCGCCCCCGAUACCAGCAGACCUGAUUAGCUUAGAGAGCCCGCCCUCUGCCCCCUCUCUGCCCAACGGAGACGGAGCAGACCCAGUUCUGGACGCAACCAAGACCAAGACCACUCCUCCUCCUCCUCCUGUCAACGAUGAGAAAAUAUUUCCCGACGAGAAAGUGAAAAUGGAGGAGGCGAAGCUAUCGAACACGCUGUCGGCGAUCGCGGCGGAACACAACAGUGUCGUACAGACAGGAAACGCUGGGAGCAAAGCAUGAUGGGAAGAGGGGAGGACGAGAAAAUUCCAAAACACUCAGUUUUUUUCCCGACAAAGAGGAGUUUUUAUUUCCCGACAUUUUCAAAACAAACACGUGCACGAGAUUUAUCUUUAGGUCGUCAAAGAUUUCUUUUAUUUUUUUAUUUAAACCCGUCAGGACGUUUUAAGAGAAAAACCCUGGUAAAUAUUUACAGAAUCCAACUUUUUAUUGUGUUUACAGUCGAGAAUGUGACAGCGAUACAUUCUAUCAGAUGAUUUAAAAAAACAUGAAAAAAAAGACUAUAUAUAGAAGAUAUUUUUCUUAGGUUAAUGUUCUUCUUCUGCUCCGGUGUAAAACUGUUUGCAUUUUUUGUUUGUUUGUCUGUUGCAUGUGUGAGCUGCAAAGUGGUCGUAAAGUUUUGUUUACAAGGUUUUUUAUUUUUUCCCGUUCUUCUUGUUGUCGUUUCACUGCGUCUCACAGAUAAACUGAUUUAACGUUCAGUUUUAAUCAAUAAUUGGAUGUGAAUCCUUUUUUUUAAUAUAUGAUGAAGCCACAGCUGCUGCAGGAGAGUCUGCAGCAAAUUAUGAAUUAAGAAUAAUAAUAAUACUCGACUGUGAACACGAUCACUUUAUUCAAAAUGUAUUUAAUGUGCAAAACUCUUGCGCCACCUUUAGAUUUGUUUGUAAACAACGCUGGAAUCAUUAUUUUUGAACUAUAGGAAUUAUUUCUCUGUCUAUCACGUGUCUUUUUUGCGUUUUUUUUUUAUUUGAAACGAGGUCAAAGUUCUCGCUGAGACACUUUAAAAAUUAUGUUUAAGUUUAUGUACAUAGGACAUAUUUUCCUGGUGGGAAAAACAGAGUCAAAAAUUUUAUUCAAUCAAAAAGUUCUCAUCGAUUAAAAAAAAAAUUCUCAUUAAUUCAAAAAAAGAGCUGAAAAAAGUUUCAUGGAUAUAUCAUAUAUUAAUGGAAUGAAAUGGAGCGGGAAAAAAUGUUGACGAAAAAAUUUAAAGAAAAAUCAAGAACAUUUUAUCUCAUUAAUGAAGAAUAACUGAAUAAAGGGGAUUUUUCUUUUUAAAAACAGCCCAAUAUUUCCAAACAAAACACACUAAUAUUAACAGAAAUCCGAUUCCAUAGUUUCCACAUUAGACUUAAAGUUAUUUUUAAAUGUUGUUUAAUUGAAUUAAUAUUAUUCUCAUUUAUUAACAUAUUUAAAACAAAGUUAACUGUGGCUGAAGUGUUUUUUUACACAACACUGUAAGAAACGAAACCGUAAAAAACAAACAAAAACAAAGCCGAGCUGCUGAGGUAAUAAUAAUCCACGUAUUUGUUUGCGAAGUUUUAACGUCUACGUUAAAAAAAAACGGAUGAAAAGUUCUGGCUUCGUUUGUCGACUUGUGCUUUUUUUUUUAAGCAAAAUAUCAAAUAAAUUAAUAAAUGAUAAUAAUGAGUAAAAAGCUCUUUUGUACCAUUGAACAGGUUGUUUUUCAUUCCUGCCUGCGAGCUCGUGCCUGUGUGUCCGUCAGUGAAAGCGUCUCGUCAACAGUUUAUAAUAAUAUAAAUUAUAAAUAAUAAUAAUCUGUACAGAACGUCGUCGUGACAGUUAGACUCUUUAUUUCUCUCUUUUUUUUGUUAUUAUUUAAUAAAGUGUGUUAUUAGAAGAAGCGUUGGAUAAAUGUGGUUGUUAUAAAUAAAACACGUGUGACGUUUGAAAACUGUCUCUGAAAUCACACGCGGUGAUGAUGAUGGAGGAGGCGGGGCAUGAUGAUGAAGGAGGAGGCGGGGCAUGAAGUCCGCUGCUUUACCGACAAAUGAAAUAAAAAGCAAAUACAAAUGUG